GGCGGGGAGAGCAAUGACUAGAAUAGGCAGCCGCAGCCAUGCGCCCUCAGCUCGACGUUCAUUCCAACGUCCUACUACCUUUACAUUUGACUACUAACUAUUUGGAGAUUGCUUGGCCUUACCACCUCGCAAAGAGCGACUUCCCUGACUCCUGUCGUGGUAGCCACUUGCAACUAACGAACAACUUCCCGAUACCCUCGACGAUCGUGUCUACAAGACUCCGUUCUAAUUGAUACCUAAUGGACCCUUACGAAACUGAGAACCCCUUCGAGGAGGACACAGACCGUGUCCAGUCAGAGGCCUCUUCUGCGUACAGAGUCAACCUCUCCGCACCCUCUUCGCCUCCUAGUCAAUCAUCUAGGAUACCUUCGUCACCGUCAUUAGGUUCUGCUUCAAGGCCUGCCUUCCCAUCGUCGGGUUCACAUCGACAGCCUCAAGCGUACAAGAGUGAUUUUUGCUGUACGAGGGACCAGUGGCUUCAUUCUGGUGAGGAGGUGGAGAUUGUGAUUACUGAUGCCCUCAAGACCUCAGUCAACUCAUCAUCCACGUACAUUACCUACGUAAUCAAAUCAGGCACGGCUGAGGCGCAACACAGGUACUCAGAGUUCGAGUCGUUACGAACGAGUCUAGCCAGGCUGUAUCCAACUUUGAUAAUCCCGCCUAUACCCUCCAAGCAGACAAUCGGUGAUUAUGCCGUCAAACAGGCAAAGGCAAAGGAGGAUGCUGCUAUGAUCGCUAGGCGUAAACGGAUGCUGCAAACUUUCUUGAACAGGAUCGCACGACAUCCAAUAUUGUCGAACGAACAUGUCUUCCAUCGGUUCCUUGACGGAGAAGUGUCUUGGACUGAGGUCCUACAUUCACCCCCAUUAUCGCUUUUGCCAACUAACAUUCUGAAGGCGCCGUCACACAACCCAACGGACCAGAAUGCGUCACCCGGCUAUACGGCACUGCCUAACCCUUCAGCGACCCAUGCACUUCGGCGACCAGACCAGCGCUUCCUUGACUCGGAAGUCUUCACAAACAAGUUCGCCGCACACCUUAGUGGUCCUAUGGAAAAGGUUACGCGACGGACCAUGAAACGGUGGUCAGACUCUUCGCACGAUCAUGCGGAGCUUGGUGCGGCUCUCAAUGGAUUCAGUCUGAAUGAAUCAGGGCAGCUUUCAUCUGCAAUCGAGAAGACCGGUCAAGCGGUUGACGCUACAUACAUGUCUACAACACUUUUGCUGCAAGAGUUGGAGCAGAACUGGGCGGAACCACUUCACGAAUACACCCAGUUUGCCACAAUAAUUAAGAAGCUCCUCGUGUAUCGUCAUCAGAAACACGUCCAGUAUGAGAUGACGCAGGAGAAUUUGGAGGCUAAGCGUGAACAGCUCGAAGAACUCGAGAAGAGUGAACACGCUGCAAGGCGAUUGGAGGAAGCUCUCGGUCGGGGACGCACAAGUGCCGACUCCCCUCGCACAGAGGAUGGCACCCCAUCAAGUGGAGACAAUAGCAGAGCUGACACUGGGUACCUUCCUCCACACCCAGGUCCGAACCCCGUUCGGAGAAGAGCCCCUGGAAUGGGAUUUUUGAGUGCGUUGAGUUACACGCUUCAUGGGAUGAUGGACGUGGAUCCAGCAACAGCUCGGCGGAAUGCGAUCAGUAAAGCCCGAGAGCAGAUCUCAUUGCUGGAAGACGCUUUGCAUUUGUCUGCACAAGAUCUCAAAUACUCUAGCUCGACCAUUCAGGCCGAUUUGGAUCGCUUUCAGAGACAGAAGGUUGCGGAUAUUCGCGAGAUGGCAAUUAGCAUGGCGAAGAGCCAUCGUGAUUGGUGCAAGAAGGUUAGUCGAGAAUAUAUUAGGUUUUACGUGGUACCGCUCAUCGGCUCAUGCCUAACUUUUCUGUCACAGAACCUUGAAGCAUGGGAGGAAGCGAAGCGGGAAGUGGAGAAGAUUCCUGAUCACCCGAACCGUAUGCUCGAGGAAAUUGUAGAGGAUUCCGGCGGCGUAGCUAAUGGUUCACGGGAGUCGACUUCGACGAUCGACGGACAUUGAGCGGAUACGCUGCAUGGAUGAUUCUCCUCUGUUACGUAUGGUUGUAAAGUAUAAUUGCAGGGUGAUCUUGACGAGAUUAUUACGAUUGCUACGGGAACGAUACAUUGACCCUGAGAGCAUUCC